GUUACAAAAAUUGUCCUGAUUGUUAUAUACAACUGCUCUAAGUUCCCUUUAAAGCACGUAUUGACGUAUCUAUUAUAGUUUUUACUUAUUGCCUACGUUUGAAGUUGGAACCCGUGGUGAAUCACUCUGUGCUAAGCUAGUUGUGCCAUUUGGUCAAUGUUGUAAUUUGUAUACAACAACCACAGUGGUCCGUGUGACAGUUUAUAAUUGGCAGAAUGAGUUCCUUGAUACAUCUGUUGAUUUGUGUGUUGGUAUUCUUACCAUCGUAUUGCAGUGGAUCUGAAGAGUUCUUUAUCAAAGAUGGAUUGAAGAUAGAAGAGAGAAACUGGUAUCGAAAUGUCAGAAUCAAUGAAUUAGAGGGUCAUAUUAAGUCAGCUAGCAAUCUUGGAUUUCUUGAAAAGUUUUUAUCAUAUGCAAGCGUGGAACCUAGAAGUCCGGCUCAUGGGCAACUAAUCGAUUCACAGCUGUCUGAAGAAGGAUAUUCAGUUUAUUGGAAUGCUGAAAUUAUUUCUGCAGCUUCGGACUAUAUAUACCAUAGCCAUUGUCCUCUUUCUCGUAAACAAUGUGCCAAAGACUUAUUGAAACUGAAACUAGACAAGACAUCUUUGGGUGAUAUGUGUUUGUCCAUGUACUACAACAAAACUGCGUGCACCGGGAUGAACUUGAAGUAUCGAAGUCCUGACGGAUCGUGUAACAACUUCAAACGUUCCUCUUUGGGAAAGGCCACAACGCCUUAUACGCGAUUGCUGUUUCCUGACUAUGCAAAUUGUUUCUAUAGUGUUAUCAUGGUUAAUGAAUUAUAUAGAACACCCUUUGCUAGAAAGCUUAGUAUUGCACUUGUCAACGACGAGAACUCACCAGAUGACUUCAAGACGAUGGCGAUGGCGUACUGGGCGAUUUUCGUAGGCCACGAUCUAUCUCACACGGCGAUGUCUCCCAUGAUGAAAAGGAAUAGUUCGGUGAACUGUUGUAAUGAACUGAACAAUGGACUUUCUCCUCGUGACACACACGAAUUGUGCAUGUAAGUAACUAUAGUUGACUUAGGUCCAGAGAGUGAUCCAUUUUAUGAUUUUCGGUGCAUGAACUACGUGCGAUCGGUGCCGGCGGUGCGUUCCGAUUGUACUUUUGGACCAAGGGAACAAAUGAAUCAAGCUACUCAUUAUUUAGAUGGGUCGAUGGUAUACGGCUCUUCGGCGAAACGGACGUGGUCCUUGAGGACCAAGUUCGGUGGUCAACUGUUGACGAACAUGGGAUGCGUUCACAAUAGCCAAAUUGAUCCUCUACAGCCGCAGUUUAUGCCACUGGAAGACACCGAAUCUAACUCGUGCCAGUUUGGGAGCGGCACGUGCUAUAGGGCUGGCGACAUCCGAGCAAACGCGCUUCCCCAACUGACGGUGAUGCACACAUUGUGGAUGAGGGAACACAACCGGUUGGCCAAAUUGCUGUCGCACGUCAAUCCGCACUGGGAUGACGAACGAAUUUUCCAGGAGGCUAGGAAAAUCGUAACGGCGUCCAUACAGCACAUCACAUACGCUGAAUGGCUGCCUGCGCUGCUCGGUCUAAACUUUACAAGACAGAACGGACUGGAACUGUCGACAAAAGGGUACAGUAACGCUUACAACGAGACCGCUGACCCGAGCGUCAGCAACUGCUUUGCGACUGCUAUAUUACCGUUCGCUAAUUCGAUGAUAAGUGAAUCGAUCCAUUUAUAUACGGAAGUCCGAGUGAUCAACGGAAGUCUAUCGCUAAAGGAACAUUACAACCGACCGACCGAUGUAAUGAUGAAUUACUUAGAUCAACUUGUCAGAGGAUUAUCUACGCAAAAUACACAAAAAAUCGAUAUGCUAUUUACAAAAACGAUUACAAAUUACUUGUACACUGAGCAUCCAGAUAAUGUGUUUGGAAUGGACAUUUUCAGCUUGGAUAUACAACGAAACCGCGAUCACGGUAUUCCGUCAUAUACGGAAUUUAGAAAAUAUUGUGGACUAAAACCUAUAAUAAAUGAACACGACUUUUCCCAGAUCAUGGUGGAAGGUGCAACUGAUAGAUUAUUAAAGCAAUACGAAAAUUGGAACGAGAUAGAGCUAUUGGUAGGCGCAUUGUUUGAGAAACAUGAAGAUGACGCAAUGGUUGGACCAACGAUGAGGUGUAUCAUUAGAGAACAGUUUAUAAGAACUAGAAUUGCAGAUAGAUAUUUUUACGAUUUACCAAAAGUAUUCAACGAAUAUCAACUGGCAGAAAUAAGAAAAGUAACGCUUGCCAGAGUGUUUUGUGAUAACAGUAAUAAUGUCGAAAUGAUGCAGAAACAAGUAUUUUUGAUACCUCAAUCGCCUGAUUUGCAACAUUGUGAUUCCCAAUCAAUUCCAAAAAUCAACAUCAAACACUGGUCAGAAAUGGUCGAUUCCAUUCGAAAAUAACCUCAAACACAACAUUGAUGUUUUUAUUUGCAAUAUGUUUUAUUGUUGAAUCUAAAGUAAUAGCUUAUCUUUUAUGAGAAUCAAAAGUUUUUUAUAUUUAAUAAUAAAUAAUCAUCACUAUGCCAUUA